AUGACAAGCCUAACGAUUCAGGAGACGAAAAUGUCAAAGGCAGUAGCUAUACCAGAGUGUAACAAAGAUAUUGGAGGUAUAAGAGAGGAAAUAUCUAUAUCGCCAACAGAGAAACGGGAAGGUGCUAUAGGAUUAUUUAGUAGGUUGCUCCGUUUUGAUUCUCUAACCAAGAAAAGCAGUAUGCAAGAAAGUCCGACGUCUAAUGAACCACCAGUCACAUAUUAUGGAGUUUAUAUACCAUGUGAAAUUAAAAAAGGACCUGAUGAAGAAGUUCUCCAUGUUUACAAGAAUAAAAGUGAAGCCCUGGAAUUGGUACGAAGAUACAAGUCCUCAAGAUUCAAAGCCUUCCGGAACCGUCAGGAUGCUGUUUCGUUUGCGUUGCGAGGCGCUGAACCAACUGAUACCACUGAUGGGAAUGACAGCUCGGUGAUGGGUGAAAAGCCGUAUCCCUUUAAAGCGCCAUCUCCACAAGAAAUGGUAGCGCUUCGUAAAUCGAUAGAAGCAGGUCUUGCCGCCACCGUUCGAGACAGAGUGUGGGAUAACCCGAGGUUCCUCGUGAGCAGCGGGAACACACCUUCUAUAUUGCAGGAAGGUUCUCGCUACAACGCCCUGCACGUGGCGGCCAAGGCAAAGAACGCAGAAAUCUGCAACCUCAUACUGACGACUGUCGGCAACCCGACGUUCGUGCAGACGCUGUACGGAAUGGACGCAGAUGCUGAAUCUUGCAAGGAAUUUGCAGCGAUUCUCGUGGACCGCUACCUAAACACGCCCGACAAGGCGAUGAACGAGACGCCCCUACACUUUGCGGCAAAGUAUGGCGCCGAGCACGUGGUCGACGUGUUGACGUCGUUCCCGCAGUGUAACACAACAGCUGUUAACAAGUUCGGUGAACAGCCCAAAGAUAUAAUUUGCAAGCGCACCAGCACGUUCAGCGCGGAGGUCCCGGCGGCCAUCCAGGGCAUGCUGCAGGAGCGCUACUACGUGCCCGUGCUGCACAGCGAGGACGGCAGCGCCGCCCCCACCAUCGGCCGCCCCUUCACCCCCGCCGACCCGCCCGAAAUAAACUCGAACCCGCUGAGCCCUCGGUACGAGAUCCGCGCGUACGCGGGCCCCAUGGAGCCGCGCGCGGCGGAGGUGUUCCGGCGCCGCUGGAAGACCCCCCCGCGCUCGCUGGCGCCCCCCUCCCCCUCGCCCACCGCCCCCCGCGCCCCCUCUGCCUCGCCCGCGCCGCACUCGCCGCGCCCGCAGGCCUUCCGCCUCCGGGAGACCACCAAGGGGCUCGAGACUGUUGGCAGGACCUUAGCGGAACAAAUGAAAGUAGGCUGGAAAGAAUACUGGCCGUUUUUAGACACUUUCACGGACUUACGAACAUCAGAAGGACUUAAUCUCUUAGAAAACUAUUUAAAAACUAAAUACGAAAGUGCCUGCUCCUUCGCAUACAGCGAUAGCUGCGCUCAAUCUCAACACGCAGACGACCUCACGCUGUCACGACUAAGUUUAAGUAUUCAACAAAGUCCACCGAAAGAUUCUACUCUAAGUCCCGUCUCAGAGCUAUGCGUAGCUUUGAAAUCUUGUGUAAUAUCCUCGGACAGACCGCAUUGGAGAAAAACAGAUCCAAUCAGACAGAGGUUGUGUAGGCAGCCUAACAUUAAAUUAGUGAACGGUGAAACACCUCCACCGGUCAACCACACGGUCAGCCAGCUACUAUGUAUCGAACGAACCUGCCAGGUCUUCGCUAAAAGAAUAGCGGACGCUCUAACGUUCUCCUUAAACGCCGAACCUGAAACGGCAGGCGAAUCUCUCAAGUCGGAAGCGAAACAUUUACAACAUACAAUAUUUACAUAUAUGGACGACGAACGAUUUCAGAACAUAGACUUCGCCUUAAUACAUUCUAGAUUAGCACAGCUAGCCGUCUACAAACUAAAGCAACAGACGACUGACUUAGACGAUGUAAAUAAUUUAUUGGAGUUUUUAAUUAAAUUGCGUUGUCCAAACGAUGAUAUAUUUAGUUCUGAUGACGAGAGAAAACCGUCUUACAGAGGUUCGAGUAGGGCCAAAAUGACAUAUGUCAUUGAUGUUCACGUUAGAUGUUUAGCGAGUUUUAUAUGUGAGGAGUUGACUGAGGGGGAAGCUGUUAAAGCCCCUGCCAUGUCCGAGGGAGAGUGCACCGAGUUGUGGACGAAGGCAUCCAAGUGUAGGUGCGAUUGGAAGAUUGAGGCACUGGAGAGAAAUAGUAAGAAAAAUGCUUCGUUCAGAAAGAAUAGGUCAACGUUAUCGACAAGCCCCAAGAGUGACAGUUUUGUCAGAAGAUUAACAUUUGAUCAUGACAUUGGUGACGGCAAGCUGCAGCACAACGAAGCCGAGAGCGUGGUGAGCAACAACUCGCCCGCCGGGGACGGCGCGCCCACGCUCUUCACCGUCGACGUGGCCAAGUGCCGGGUCGUGCAGCCAGAGCAGAUAUCCGAGGACGAGUCGGGAGGCUCGAGCCACUCCGACGAAGAGGUGUACCACUCAGCCUCUGAUCAUUCAGAGAAAGAUGAUCGAGAUGAAAUGACCGAAGCGUGCGAUCGAGCUGUCGCUGAACCGUUCAUUUACGGAGAAGAGCCAACUAAGAUGGAUCGUUUGGUGUAUGAUGCGUUGUAUGACUUAAGCAUUAACGCUGAACAGUACCCUAACGUAUAUAGAUGGAGGCACAGCAUAGCUCUCUACACGCCGCAGCAGAGAGACAGUUGGCUGCCAGCAACUCUACCGGCAAUAGACGACAGUGCCUUGACAAUUAGCGGGUUUUGGGGAGCAAACACGAGCAUCGUAUCGGGGCGGGGGACCGCUCCCCCCUCCCUCCUCCCCGGCGCCACGCACAGCCCCGCACCCCCCCACGCCGCGGUGCGAGCGUCGCGCUGCUCCACGCCCAACAAGGAUCCCCGCGAUGACUCCAGGGGUGUUCCACUGCAGAUGUCAACAUGGCUAAGAGUAACUGGUCCAAACUCGCCGCGAUCAGCGUUAGCCUCUAAGAGCGUGAACCACAACGUGAGUUUCGGUUUCUGA